AUGGCUCUCCCCUUAAACCGCGUUAGAUCGGCGUCGAUCUUUUCCUUCACUGUAACAUUUCUCGCCAUCUUUGCCGGGAAAUCACUCGCCCAAGGCUUACGACCGUCGGAUCAUGGCUUACAGUAUCAAUUCAGCUCACCGCCUACCGAAUCUCACUCACCGCCGGGGAAAAUGAUGUCUUUCUUCGGAGAUUCUCAUUCUCAUUCUCCACCUCCUUCUCACUCUCAGCUCCUCCCAAAAGCUACGGCUGCAGACGGCGGCGACGACGAUUCUUGGUGGCGAGACGGAGCUGAGAACAGACGUGAUCACGUGAUGAGGCACGUGUUUCUGGCGGCGAGCAUAAUCUGCGGCGUCUCCGGCGUUGCGCUUCUGGUGGUUUUCACAUUGAUUUACUUCUUUAGGUAUCGGAAGUCAAAUGGAUCGGACUUCCCCUGUAACAACGAUUCAAAGUAA